AUGGCCGUACAGCGCCAAGUAUUUCUCGAUGAGCCUACCACGGGACUCGACCCUGUGACAAAGCGUGCAGUUUGGCGAACAAUCGAAGAGGCCAAACAGGGCAAGACCAUCAUCUUAACAACGCAUAGUAUGGAGGAAGCUGACAGCCUUGCACAGUACAUCGCAAUCAUGGCGGCUGGUCAGCUUCGAUGCAUUGGAACCAAGGAACGGUUGAAGGCUCGAUUUGGCUCUGGCUACAGAGUCCAGAUCAUUCACGUCACAGAGUCAGUUGGCCGCGUCGACGCACUUCUUGUCUGCUCAGCACCUUAUAUCCGUCUUGAAAAGAGGGAGCAUAUCCCCAAUGACAAAACGCACACUCGAUCCUUCUACGUUGUUCCUCAAGGGCAUCCAAUCUCGUACCUCUAUAAAGCCCUAUAUAGAGAGAAGUCCAGCGGGUCUGGACUAAUAAAAGAGUUUGGAGUCUCAUUCACAGGCCUCGAGGAGGUGUUUUUGACCAUUGCACACAUGGUAGAGCCGCCGCCAGAAGGAGUAUAG